AGGUUUCUGGAAUGGCGAACUGUCCUGCGGAAACAAGGAGAAAAAGCAGAACCCUGAUCAAUAGCCGAGGCAUUCCAUGGAGACAGUGGCCUCAGACGCAAGAAGCAGGAAUCUACAUUAUCAAACAGGGUAGAUGGGUCAUCUACGUGGGGAGGACCGGCAAUCUAAACCAACGUCCGCGGGCACACUGCUACGGGGAGCAAGCCAUCGACAUACAUAUUGCUGAUACCGCUGACUCGAGGCUCAGCUACAACUAUGUGGUUGACCCCGACCAGAGGCGUAAUGAGCGCUGUUAUAUACACCACAUUACUGAGUUGCAAGGUCGGCGGCCGAGGUUCAACAUAAAAGAAGGAGAUGCGUGUGCCCAAUGUGAGAGAAGAUAAACGCGGUGACAAGGAUAUAGAAUGUGCGAUUCUCUGAAACGAAGUCCAGAAU